CUGCGGGCGGUCGCUUUCGGCAGCAUUGCAGCAACACUCGUCAGUUCCUUUCCGGAGCCGAUCACGUUCAGUACGCGUUCGCUCCUCGUCGCGUUCACCGUUCCCAACGCUCGUAACGACGCCGUAGUGAUAACGUCAUAAUAGUAUAAUAUUUAUCCCUCUGUGGAAAAAAAAUUAUUAUAGUUAAUAUUACGCGUUCUAUUAGUUAUCCGAUUUUAAAUUUUAUAAGAAAUCGCACGCGACACGACGUCUGUCCGUCGCACUUUGUGUUUAUAUAAGAAAUCGUCGCUCACGCAAUAAAUCCCGCUAAAUGGGUGUUCUGGGCAACGCCGAUAACCGCAGCAACAACGUCGUCAGCAGGUCCGUCGCUGUAGCUCCCGAACCGCCGUGCCAGUGUACCGUAGACCAUUUCUUGGCGCCGCUCAAGUUCAAAAUGAAAGGUCUCAAGAAAAUCCGCAAGAAAAUCGGCCUGGCACCAAAAUCGGGCACCGGCGCUGUCAAUCCUAACCUACCGCCACUCAAGUUUCAUAACGUUCACGGCGAAAAUAUCCGGCUGUACAAAGACGGGUUCGUCGCCAGACGGGUAGACAGCUUUUGCAAGGGAGUUGCAUUCAGCAGUCGGCCGGUUGCCAUCAACGAAAAGGUGUACAUCAAGUUCCUGGAGAUAUCCGACAAUUGGAGCGGCGUACUCCGGUUCGGGUUCACCAGCGAAGAUCCGUCGAACGUCAAGAAAGUUCCGAAAUACGCUUGUCCUGAUCUGACUAGCAAAUCGGGAUUUUGGGCGAAAGCGCUUAGCGAACGGCAUGCAAUUCACGAUGGCUUGUUAUUUUUUUACGUUGACGCUGGUGGCGACGUGCACUACGGCCUUAACGGCGAGUCCAAAGGCGUGUUCAUGCAGGGCAUUGACACCAGGUCACCACUUUGGGUGUUGUUGGAUAUUUACGGCAAUUCGACCAUCGUCGAGUUUCUCGACUGCCGUCCACAACUGAACAAUAACAGGACUUCCAGAAGCGAUGAACUGGAAAUCUCCUCUCAACUGUCCGCCGUGACCGUGUCAUCGAAUUCGGCGGUGGUCCCGUCGCCCCCACGUGGUCAGAUAGCAGACAAUGUGGAACCUUUGGGAUUAGUGCGCAAGGGCCGGCACGUGAUGAUCAGCAUGAAAGACGGUGUGCCUUGCGUUGGAACCAGACUGUCAACGGCAUUCUUCCAAGGGUACACCUUCACGAAACGGCCGCUGCAGAUCGGCGAGAAGUACCUGGUGCAGAUCACAAAGACCAGUCAGUUAUACGUGGGCAGCCUUUCGUUCGGCGUAACGUGCUGCGAUCCGAGCAGCAUCGGCAUCGGUGAACUGCCCGACGACCCCAACCAACUGGUCGACCGGCGCGAGUACUGGGUCAUGAGCAGAAACGUCGCGGAAGAGACCAAACCCGGUGACGUGCUGAUAUUCUCCAUCAACAACAACGGCGAAGUGUUGUGCAGCAAAAACGGAAACGCAGAGAUCGUGCUGAUGUGCGUGGACCACUCGCAAACGCUGUGGGGAGUGUUCGACAUUUACGGCACGACCACGCAGAUCGUCGUGUCGAAAAUGUUGGCCCGACCGUCAAUGGGCUGCACCCCGAACGCCAUCGUCCAAUCUUCGCCACAACCGUCGACUUCUUACGAGACGGUUUCGUCGUCAGUUUCGCCGACCGUGUGCUACGCGCCGCAGCCACCGAUGGUUCGGUCAAACAUCCUAGAAGUAAACACAGACGCUAACGGCGGCACCGUGCUCAUCGUUAACCUACCUGCCGCUCAGAACAAUCAGAUGUGUCAUCCGUCUCCGGCCCUGUCGCAGGCGUCUUCUGGCAUGCAGCAGCAUCAGCAGAUGUCUGCUAGACCGCCGUCCGUCACCAUCCAACAGAUACAACCAAGAGCCGCUCCUGUUACCCAACAACCACAUCUCCCAGAGCAAUUACCUUCCGGCGAAGGAGAAUGUUCGAUUUGUUUCGAAAGAGCAGUUGACUGUGCUUUGUACACAUGCGGACAUCUAUGCAUGUGCUACGAAUGCGCUAAAAAGCAGUGGGUACGUUUGGGCCGUUGUCCGAUUUGCCGUGCUGUUAUUAAAGACGUUAUUAAGAUAUACAAAUAGAUUUUGUCUUCCUUGGUUUUUCUGUUAAUCUGUUUUGGGCAUUUUUGUUAACUUUUUUACUGAUUAUUGUAAAUAACUAUUGCCAAACAAUUGCUAAUUUAAAUAAUUUUCAUCAGUCAUUUUUAUUAUUAUAUUAUGUUAUGAAUUGUUUUUUUUUUAAUUUUAUUCGACUGUCUUGUCACUUAUAUCGGUUAUUGGAGUACAUUUAUAUUUAUAUACAUAUUUUUUUUUAACUUCAUUUUUAUAUAAAUUGUAUUAACAUAAUCCAUAUUUUAACAAAUAGAAAAAAAUGACUGAUUUUAUUCAAUAAUUAUAUUAGGUGUAAGCACCAAGUGUGCACAAUAGGAAGUCAGGAAGGCUGGCUUUUUUUUUUUUUUUGUAAAUUAAGUUUUAUUAUUGUUGUUAUUGUUAUAUAAACAUAAUUAUUGUACUGUAUAUUUAAUAAAAUAUUGGUUAUUAAAAUUAAGUAAGGAAAAUAAAAAUGAUUCCUCAAGAAUUAUUUUGAUACUAUAUAUUGAACUACAGGCCGUUCUAGUCAAUAGUCAGUUAGGGUUUCUUUAUCAAAUUUGUAUUUUAAUAAUUUAUCGUAGGCACAAACAUUGUUGUAAUAUUAUGCUAAGGUAAACAUAAAUUUUCUCUAAGUCAUAAUUUAAUGUAAUAAUAUAGUCAUGAUAUUUUACUGAACACUACAUAAGUGAUCGUACAAUAAUUUAUAAUAUGUAUACCUAUGCAUCACAAAUGUGAUAGUUGUAAAUAUCACAAUAAAUAGAACAAUAUUGUAUCUAAUUAACUUUGAAUAAUAUAUAAUAAUGUAUUUUUUUUUUUUUUGUAAUUUACACUUUUAAUUAACAAGUGAUAACUGAAAAAAUAAAGAUUAUAAUUAUUACCAUA